UUAGAUUAGUAGGUUAAAAUCGUUCGAGCACUCAAUAUGAAUUUCGAAAAUAAAGUUUGUUUAAUCACGGGUGCGAGUUCAGGAAUCGGAGCUGCAGCAGCUGAAUACCUAUCAAAAUUGGGAGCAUCAGUGGCAUUGGUCGGACGUAAUGAAACAAAUUUGAAAAAAGUCUGUGAAAAAUGCACAAUUCCGAACCAAGCAAAACCACUAGCUAUCGUUGCGGACGUCAACAAAGAUUCCAGCAAAAUCAUUGAACUGACCAUCAACACCUUCGGUCGCAUUGACGUGCUAAUAAACAAUGCAGGCAUCGGUGUCCCCUCAAAUAUUUUCACCAAUCAACUAACCGACUACGAUAAUAUCAUGACUACGAAUGUGCGAAGCGUUUACCAAUUAACCACAUUGGCCGUACCGCAUUUGAUCGAAUCGAAAGGGAAUAUUGUCAAUGUGUCGAGUCUAGCCGGCAUUCGUUCCUAUCCGAAUGCCUUGAUUUAUUGCAUGUCCAAAGCGGCAUUGGAUCAAUUCACAAAAUGUGUUUCGUUGGAAUUGGCACCGAAAGGGGUACGAGUCAACUCUGUCAAUCCAGCCGUUAUACGGACAGAAUUUCAUGAAAAUAACGGAGUUAAAGCCGAAGAUUUGGAACAAUUUUUGGAACAAUGCAAAAAGGAUCAUGCUCUUGGUCGUAUCGGUGAGGUGGAUGAAGUAGCUUAUGCAAUUGCAUUUUUGGCAAGCGAACAGGCAAGUUUUAUGACGGGUGUAUUGUUGCCGGUCGAUGGUGGAAAAGCGAAUAUGUGUCCCAGAUAGAUGAAAGUCAUUGUAAAAAGGACUACGAAGAAGUAAAAGUUGGUAUGCGUAUAAAGUGGCCGGGCGGAUAUUGUCAAAUAAAAAUUGAGAAAAAUGUCGGUGCUGUGCCAUAACAAAGUUUUAUUAUUAUUAUACCCGCCUCAUGUUUGUAAAAAUAAAAGUCUCGCAUUAUGAUCACUUAUGUAUGUGCUGUGCACACACAAAAAAAAAACACAAUUCGUUUCCAGGUACCUGA